AUGGGUCAAUUGAUGAAAUUGGGUAGCCUCAGAGACAGUGUGGCACUGAAACUGAUUGGCCUGUCAGCGAACUUCGUGAUAGGCAGCACCUCACAUGGGGCACCAAUCUGUCGGAUCGCUCUCCGACAGUUAUACAUUCACGUUAUAUUAGUCCUUUUACAUCACUCGGUGGUCGUCGCCUGGCCCUGCACCCGGGCCACCGAGGCCUGCUUGCGGGCCUGCCCUGCCGCCUGCACCUGCAGUAGCGUGGAGCAAGGCUGCUCCGUGCGCUGUGAUCGAGCGGGCCUCCUGCGGAUACCCGCCGAGUUUCCGUGCGAGGCGGCCUCCAUCGACCUGGACCGAAACGGCCUGCGCAUCCUGGGCGAGCGGGCCUUCGGCACGCUGCCGUCGCUGCGCCACCUGUCCCUGCGCCACAACAAUCUGUCCUUCAUCACGCCCGGCGCCUUCAAGGGCCUGCCGCUGCUGGCGGAGCUGCGCUUGGCGCACAACAGCGAGCUGCGCUACCUGCACGCGCGCACCUUCGCGGCCCUCGGCCGCCUGCGCCUACUGGACCUGACAGCCUGCAGCCUGUUCAGCGUGCCCGAGCGCCUCCUGGCCGAACUGCCCGCCCUGCGGGAGCUCGCCGCCUUCGACAACCUGUUCCGCCGCGUGCCCGACGCGCUGCGCGGCCUGGCCAACCUGACGCACGCGCACCUGGAGCGAGGCCGAAUCGAGGCCGUGGCCUCCAGCUCGCUGCUUGGCCUGCGAUGCCUGCGCUCGCUCAGCCUGCAGGCCAACCGCGUCCGUGCCGUGCACGCCGGGGCCUUCGGCGACUGCGGCGCCCUCGAGCACCUGCUGCUCAACGACAAUCUGCUGGCCGAGCUGCCCGCCGCCGCCUUCUGCGGCCUGCGCCACCUACGCACGCUCAACCUGGGAGGCAACGCGCUGGGCCGAGUGGCACGCACCUGGUUCUCCGACCUGUCCGAACUCGAGCUGCUCUACCUGGACCGCAACAGCAUCACCUUCGUGGAGGAGGGCGCCUUCCAGAACCUCUCGGGCCUCUUGGCCCUGCACCUCAACGGUAACCAACUCAUGGUGCUCUCCUGGGCCGCCUUCCAGCCGGGCUUCUUCCUGGGCCGCCUCUUCCUCUUCCGAAAUCCCUGGCGCUGUGACUGUCACCUAGAGUGGCUGCGUGACUGGAUGGAGGGCUCCGGGCGUGUGGCCCAUGUGCCCUGUGCCUCCCCAGCCUCCGUGGCAGGCCUGGACCUCAGCCACGUGGUCUUUGAGCGCUCCUUGGAUGGCCUGUGUGUGGAUCCCGAGGAACUGCACUUCACCACAUACAGUCCACUCCCGAGCCCAGAACCAGUGGCCACCACCGUGAGCCGUUUUAGCAGCCUGCUCUCCAAGCUGCUGGCCCCAAGGGCCCCCGUGGAGGAGGUGGCCAACACCACUUGGGGGCUGGCCAACACUAAGCUGUCUGACAGCCUUCCCUCCUGUGGAGUGGGGGUCUUAGGCUGCAAAGUCACAUUUGUCUCUUGUCUCCUGCUCAAUGCGGCCCAGUAUGUGGUAUUAGGCCUGUAA